UAUAGAGAGACUAUUUCCGGGUCCUCGUGGUUCUGCGGCUGCCGAGGUGGGAGCUGCUGCCGGCUGGCCGGAGCGGAGUGCGGGCCUCCCUGGGCGCCCGGAGCCGCCUUCGCCGCUCCGCACCCCGCCGUCCUCGGGAACCUGACUGGAGGCGCGGGGCAGGGUCUCCCUCCCGCGUGCUUCUCCCUCAUGGCGGAUCCAGCCCCGAACGGCCCCCAGGGGGCGGGCGCCGUGCAAUUUAUGAUGACCAAUAAGCUGGAUACGGCAAUGUGGCUUUCUCGAUUGUUCACAGUUUAUUGCUCUGCUUUAUUUGUUCUUCCUCUUCUUGGGUUGCAUGAGGCGGCAAGCUUCUACCAGCGCGCCCUGUUGGCCAACGCCCUCACCAGUGCGCUGAGGCUGCACCAGAGACUGCCGCACUUCCAGCUCAGCAGGGCCUUCCUAGCCCAGGCCUUGCUGGAGGACAGCUGCCAUUACCUUCUGUAUUCGCUCAUCUUUGUCAACUCAUACCCCGUCACCAUGAGUAUCUUUCCAGUUUUGUUAUUCUCAUUACUUCAUGCUGCUACAUACACAAAAAAGGUUCUUGAUGCAAGGGGUUCAAAUAGUUUGCCUCUACUAAGAUCUAUUCUGGAAAAAUUAAAUGCUAAUCAACAGAACAUUCUGAAAUUUAUCGCAUGUAAUGAAAUUUUCUUGAUGCCUGCUACAGUUUUUAUGCUUCUCAGUGGUCAAGGAAGCUUACUCCAGCCUUUCAUAUACUACAGAUUUCUUACUCUGCGAUAUUCCUCCCGAAGAAAUCCAUAUUGUCGGACCUUAUUUAAUGAACUAAGGAUUGUUGUGGAACACCUAAUAAUGAAACCUGCAUGUCCACUAUUUGUGAGAAGACUGUGUCUCCAGAGCAUUGCUUUUAUAAGCAGAUUGGCACCAACAGUUGCAUAGUUUAACAUCCAGUUAAAUUCUACAUGAAAAGAACAUUGUAAGCAGUUGGUACUUCUGCUAGUGAUUGUAAAUGCCAGGUAUUACACUGAUUUUGCUCCAGGUUGUGUAAUUUCUCUCUGUAAAAAUGUUUAAUUCUGUAAUGUGUUAAAUCAAGUCUCUUCGGUUUCUGAGAAAAAAAGUUUUUGUGCUCAUGGUGUAAGUAGGUUUGCAUCUUAUAACCAAAAGUCUAUUAAGUAAAAGACAAAAUAAUUUAAAACGAUGUUACGCCUAACAUCACAAUUACAUAAAUUUCUUGCCUUUCUCACCCAAAAAGUUGCUAAGUUUCUUUCACGCCAGUUCAUGGUAGCUCUACUUUGCAUGUGGUACAAGCUCCCAAUUUUGUCCCACACUUAUUCUUUGUGGAUGUGUUGAGACAGUAUUCUUUUUUCCAUUUGAUAAUUUCAGUCAAAAUAAUUUUAAUGGAAAUAGAAACUGCAUAUAUUUUAAAAGUUCACCUAAACAAGCAAGCUAAUUCUAUGCUGUUUUAUGGAAUAAAUUUCUUUAGCCCAUAAUUUAGAAGGAGGGACUUUGUCACUAUUUUAAUGGCUAGUCCUUCUUUGUCUUAUUAAUAACUUGUAUAAUUUUGACUAUAAAAAGCCCAAAACAAUAGUUUUAUUAGUUGUGUGAUUGUAAAAUCAUUUCAAUCGCAUAACCAUUUUGGACAGAGGUCAAUAGGUAUGUAUUGUAAGGUGCAAUCUUCUAUUCACUUUUUCUUUUGACUAUAAUCUGUCAAAGAAUUUGAGUAAGUUAGGAUUCUAAAACAAACAAAAAUCUUGUUCUUUCUUAAUUCAUGUGGGGACUUCAGGUAUUAUCUUUCUAGAAUCUUAUAAUCUAGAUUCUAAACUGCCAAUUUUCUUGGUUUCUUAGGCUUGAAUUUGCAUAAAAAAAUUUCAACUCUUGAGACCCCACAUGAAAUAAAAGCCUUUAGCUGAAAAUUAAUUGUAAACUCAAGUGACUAUACUUGGUGACUUGUUCUGAUAAUAAUGAAGUUUAUGCCAUAUAGAUUUAAUGUUCAUUCAGCAAACCUGAUUAAAAAGUUUCAUGAGAAAGUUUCUAUAUAUAAGGUAACUGAUGAAAAAAAAAAUACAGUGUGUAUCCUUUCUCUGUUAAUUAGUAAAUUUUAGAGAGUUGGAUACAGUAUACAGCUGUGACUUUAUUUGUAUGAAUUGUUAAAUCCUGUUCAUUGAGCCUCACUGAAUUCCUUUAUAAAACUCAUCUGAUUUUUAUUACUGUUGCAUGAUUGGAAAAUAUUUAAAGUAUUGCAAAACUUCAGUGGUCCAAAGUAAGGUAUAUUAGUUCUUUGUAACUAGUUUUUUUUUUUUUAAAUGUGUGCAUGUAAUUUAGACUUUAUCAAAAUACAUUCAUUAUUAACUUGUCAGUAACCAUCAGUUGUCCAUAUCUUUUUCCUCGGCCUAUAAGCAUAAAGGCAUUGUGGGUUUUUUUUGUUUUUUUUUUUAAUGGACUAGAAUAAUUCUGUUUGAUUGCUCUUAUUUUAUUUGAUUGAGCUCACUUUAAUCGACUAUUUAUGGAACAAUUAUCCACUAAGUUGGAGAAGCAACUGCAUAACAGACAGUUGAUCUUUUCUUUGGCUGUUCUUAUCAUCACUGUAUCUGUAAUCUGAUGGUUUUAUAACUAAAAUUUCUAUAGCAAUAAAGUGAAUGUAAAAUUAAA